AUUUACUAUUCAAACAUGUACAAUAGAUAAAAGGUGCAAUUGUUAAAGUGUAAAUGUGUGACUAAUUGGCGAUUUUAUGCUCCCAUCGGCUACAUUACACAGAAAUCGUAAUUUGACACACCAAAAUGGUCUUUGGGUUCAAGUCGUUCAGGAAAAAGCCCGUACAAGAGGUUUCAAAGUCCAAAAAGGACGAAGUAAACAGUGCAAUAGCACAUACUGAAAACACAGUAAAGGAGCUUUCAAAGAGGCAAACCGAGCUAGAAGCUAGGAUAAAGAAAUGUCUCGAAGAAGCUAAAACCAAGGCAUCGGCAAAUGACAAAGUAGGAGCACUAGCCGCAUUGAGAAAGAAGAAACUUUUUGAAGAAGAAAUAAACAGAAUCUCUUCUUCAAUAAUAGCCCUGGAAUCACAAAAUAUCACAUUAGAAAGUGCACAUAUGCAACACAUGGCCAUAAAUGCACUAUCCACGGGACUUUCAGCGCACAAAAAGAUUCAGGAGACAAUGAAUGUAAAUAAAAUUGACGUUCUCAUGGACGAGCUGGAAGAACAGAGAGAAGCCCAGGCAGAGAUUUACGAUGCCAUGACCCAAGGAGUUCCGCAAACGCUAGAGUUUGAGGAUGAACUUAAUGAGCUUAUGGCAGAGGAAGAAAAGGAAAAGGAAGUUAAGGACGUUGAGGCUGAUUUGAAGAGUAUAGAGAGAAUGUUGGACAAAUUAUCUACACCAGAUGCAAAAAAUAGACCGAGUUUGGAGAAGGAAACUGGUUAA